ACCUUGUGUUUACCUUGUGUUUACCUUGUUUCAUAUUCAUACCCCUCACGGCCCAUAGACGUGGACAUUCAAAGGAAAUACCAGAGAAGCGCUUGUUGGCUUGAUUAUAUAAUAGUCAGUGAUCUUAAAAGGAAGUCUCGCUGUUAGCUAACGGGUGUAGUUGUGAGUGGUUGACCCAGUGUCUCGCCUUCCUGCACACGGCACUGCCUUUCCUGAGCAAAUUUUCACUGUCCGUCAGUGUAAGGGUAAAGCUGUAUGUGAAUGGUUCAUCCAGAGGUUUGUCUUCCUCUGUUCCUUCCUACGGAGUGUAGAAGCUCACUGUCCGUCAGCAUGGCGACUGCGACUGUGUUUAUAAUGUUAGUGAUUGUUCUUGGGGGACUCUGUGAUCUGAGUGUAGCCAGACGUUCCUUGAACGUUACAGAGAGUCCCGUCCGUCCCAGGCGCCAAGCUGUACACGUACACAAGCAUACCAGUGGCACCCGGCACAGCCAGAGCUCCACUUACAUCAAAGAAGAAGGGAAAUAUUUCCUGAAGAAGAUAUUUGAGAAAUAUGGACAUGGGGAGAAAGAGAUUCUCUUGGCUGACUUUGAAUUGUUGUUAGGGCGAAUAGGAUUCGAACCCGAAAGGGUUGAUGAUGCCCAUGGUCACGUGAUGGAAGAACAUGAGGGACCAGAACACCAAGUGGUCCGUGACCUUGAACCAGGCGCGAGCACCGAGAAGGGGGGACAUGGCGAUGGUGAGGGUGGAGGAAACACACACGUGAAACAUGGCGUGGACAACGCUAGCCGCGACCAUGAGAACAGUGGCCAUGGGGAGAAGGUGAAGAGAGGUCAUGGCGGGCAUGGACAGAAAGGUCAUCAGUCAAAGAGUGACCCUGACCACGCUGGUGGUACUGGUCACCAUACUAAUAAAGGCCGCAGCACACGUGUUCGCAGGGACUUGCAAACUAGACACAGGAAAGCAUCCCGUGACUUUCCAAGGCUUGGCAGUGGCCCUGACGCCCAGUCUGUUGUCAUCCACACCCACGACCUGCACACUGAAUGCCUGUCUGUACAACAACUCAUCCAACUCUACCAUGCCGACGAAAGAGGUAAGAUUGGCAAAAAGGAUUUUUUAUUCAUGUCCCCUGCCAUUGUGUACCAGCUUGACAAUCCCCACUGCCGCCGUCGACACGACGAGAUCCACCACCGCCACGUUGCGCCGACGUCCACUGUCCCUGCAGCUGCUCGAGUUUGGGGAUACAGCACAGCUGCCGUCGUCGUCAUCAGUCUCGUCGGCUUGUUGGGUGUGGCUGUCAUUCCAAUUAUGCAGAAAUUCUUCUUCAACCAACUGUUGCAGUUCCUCGUGGCCAUGGCGGUCGGUGCCCUCACUGGGGACGCCAUGCUCCAUCUGCUACCCCACGCCAUCGCCGGCGGGGAGACGGCAGCAGGCGCUGACAAGGACCACGACCACGACCAUCUGGACAGUGUGUGGAAGGGACUUUGUGGGCUGCUAGGAAUCUACUUCUUCUUCAUCGUUCAGCGACUGAUGGUCAUCCUGACAGGGGCGAGGAACAGGAGGAUGGAAAGGAAAAAGGCGAAGGCAAAACAUGCAUUCAGUGAUGAACCAGAUCUGUCCGCAGUUGCUGUGAAACUUUCCUCGUACAGCGAGUCUGAUUCGGAAGAGGACGGUGACAUGGUGACAACUGUCAACAGUGAGUCCCAAGCUGAACAAGCAGUGCCACUGAAACAGGAAACAACUCAGAAGGUCAGGGGUCAGUCAGCCACUGGUCACUCCCGCUCUGGACACGGGCACUCCCACAUUGACGGCCCUCUGCCCGCCACAGUCUCCGCCGUAGCGUGGAUGGUCAUCCUUGGGGACGGCGUCCACAACUUCAGCGACGGCCUUGCUAUCGGGGCUGCAUUUGCUAACAGCAUCACUGGGGGAAUCAGCACCGCCAUCGCUGUCUUCUGUCACGAACUUCCUCACGAGAUCGGGGACUUCGCCGUGCUUCUGAAAGCUGGCAUGUCAAUCAAGCAAGCGGUUGUCUACAACUGUCUGUCCUCCGUGCUGUGUUUUGUUGGGAUGCUUAUUGGUGUGGCGCUGGGAAACAUUGAGGAAGCUUCCAUGUGGAUUUUCGCAUCUGUUGGUGGAAUGUUUAUCUACAUCUCUUUGGUAACCAUGGUACCGGAACUGACGUCAAUGGAUACCCAGAAUCCACUCCGUGACCUGUUCCUGCAAUGUGUAGGCGUGUGUGUUGGUUCAGGAAUCAUGUUGACCAUAGCUGUUUACGAGGAAGACCUCCUUAACGUCCUUGGCUGACCAUUGACUCACUCUCAUUAAAAAUGGGCACUAAUUUGUAUUCGCGUGAUCGUGGCCUAUAAAGACUGUAAGUCUGACUGAAUGUAACCACAAUUUAAUCAUUUCAGCGAAUUUAUAUAUGUAUCUCACUGAAUGAAAUAUAUACCAAC